AUGAGUCACAAGGGCCACAGUCAUGGAAGCUCGUUUCGUUUUUCUCCUGGUUACGGAGUCUCGGAGCAUUCGCCAUAUCAGUACGCAAACAACUUUGAGCAUGGCGAUGAGGAUUAUAGCUACGGCGAUAGUGACCCUUCUCAACCCCAAACACCGCAAAAUCCAUCACCUCCCAAUCCGCCAACAAGAGAACCUUGGGGAUAUGAAAGCGGCUACAGUCCUCCAUUGAACCAGCAAAGUGUGAUAUCUGCUCACGAGACAUUGCCAUCGCAUGACUCGAAUUGGUAUCAGCAAAGUAGCCACAAUGCAUAUCCAUCGCCGGAGACACCAUCGCGAAAUGGUCAAAAUCCCAGGCGCCAAAGUCGCUCUCCAUAUGGAGGAAUAGUUAGGCGAGGGGACUUUUUCACACCGGGCAGGAUUUUCGUUGUCCGCUGGUUCGAAACUGCCGCACCCAAUGCUGCCAAUGCAAGUGGCCGCAGUGAAUUAAUUCGAGGCAGUUACGGUCAGAUGGCAUAUGGCUCCUGGCGUCGGAUGGCUGUAAUCAGGACUUUUCCAGGGCAGAAUAGUUCCACUUGCGUGAGUACAAGAGAGCUAAUCGUCCCUUUCCCACCACAUAGAGGUAUAUAUACCUACGGUGCACGUGGAUUAGCGAAACGAGGGCUGGACCUCAAGCAUCAUGCAAUCCUGUUCGAUGAGAGCGUGGGACAGCCUUAUACGGAACCAAACGAACCGGAACUUCAGCGUCCAGCACUCGCUGUCAGCAUAGAUUCACCUGAAGAGAGGCUAGACCCGAUGUCGCGCAUCAAUUUCGGAAAACUUCAUACGGUUGAACAUAAUGUCGAAGUGCGGAAUGUUGGCUGCAUUUCUGUCUCGUCUAUGGCAUACUUUAAUGCCUACGUAAACGAGGUAUUGCUUGGUUAUAAUGACAAUUGA